AUGAAUUCUACAGCCCCUCCUGCUGCGGCAGAGUAUGGCGGAGAUGAGGUAUCAGCGAUAAUAUUGGAUCCGGGAUACUCCUCAACGCGUGCUGGGUUUGCCGGUGAAGACACCCCCAAAUCGGUUAUUCCUUCAUACUAUGGAAAAUACUCUGCAGAUGCGCAGGAUAAAUACGUUUAUGGGGACAACAUUUAUGUCUCUCCGCGCCCAGGGAUUUCGAUUCAUAACCCUAUUGGCAGAGAUGGCAUUGUGGAGGAUUGGGAUAUGGCAGAGAAGCUAUGGGAGUACUCGUUUACCUCGCGACUGACGAGCCGAAAACCCGGAAAUCCAAUGCAAAACGGGCUAAACGAUCCCAACCCUGAAGAUUUACCUGUAGAGAUGGAAGGAGUAGAGACAGAAGAAAAACCCUUGGCUGAUAGCCCGCUGCUUAUGACCGAGCCUGGAUGGAAUCCCACCAAGGCGAGAGAGAAGACUAUUGAAAUUGCGAUGGAAAAUUGGGGGACACCAGCUUUUUAUCUCUCCAGGAAUGGACCAUUAGCUAGUUUUGCGGCUGGAAAAGCAACAGCCUUGGUGGUGGACGUUGGCGCCAGCAAUGUCUCAGUAACCCCAGUUCACGAUGGCCUAGUUCUCAAGAGAGGAGUACAGCACUCUCAACUUGCCGGUGACUUUAUCUCAUCUCAGAUCCGAGCACUUCUCAAAUCAAGUACACCACCCGUUAACUUGACACCUCACUACUUAAUUUCGUCCAAAGUUGCUGUCGAUGCUGGUCAACCUGCUCAAGCAGUGUACAAGGAUAUACCCGAGAACAAGCUUCCAGGCCCUUCAUACCGUCGGUUGAUAGAGGAUCGAACACUUUCUGAAUUUAAAGAGUGCGUAGUCCAGGUCUGGCCUGGUCCUGGCGCCUUGUCCGGCCAAAGUCCUACCGGAGUCUCCAACGAAGAAGUAGCAAAGGGCAUUCCGAUGCGUCCAUUUGAAUUCCCCGAUGGCUAUAACCAACUUUUUGGCCCUGAAAGAUAUCGUGUUGCUGAAGGCUUAUUUGACGCCAAAGCUGCUCUCCCCGACCCAGAUUCUGAAUUCCCUGCCCCAACUGCCAACCAGACAAUACCUGAAUUAAUCCGAAGCGCUCUCAAUCAAGUUGAUGUCGACAUUAGACCGACUCUACUUGCCAAUGUAGUCGUGACGGGAGCUGCCAGCUUGCUGUACGGCUUUAACGACCGGUUGAACUUUGAGCUGACGAACAUGUAUCCAAGCCCGAGAGUUCGAAUAUCUGCACCUGGAAACACUGCGGAGAGGAAAUUCAGCUCCUGGAUAGGUGGAAGCAUCGUGGCCAGUCUAGGCACGUUCCAUCAGAUGUGGAUUUCGAAGAAGGAAUAUGAUGAACAUGGGCCAAACAUUGUAGAAAAGCGAUGCAAGUGA